AGAACUUCAGUCCCCAUGUUGAAACUCGUCGGUGGCUGUGGCGGGCAGGACUGGGCAUGCUCAGUAGCAGGUCCAGGUCUGGGAGGCGAGGAAGCCGCGUUUGAAGUCGCGGGGCCCGGGGGUCCGGGGGAGGCGGGCUGCGGGGUCCCCAGCUGGGGGUGCGCGGGGAUCCCGAGUUCUGCGCCCGGAGCGGACAUGCUCCAGGCCGCGGCGGCGGGGCCGGCGCGUGGGGGCCAGGGCGCGGAGGAGGCGGGGGAGCCGGUAGGAGGAGGGGAGGAGCGCCCGGCUCGCCAUUCCCCGGCGCCCGCUCUGCGGCUGCUGAAUCGGAAGCCGCAGGGAGGAUCCGGGCAAAUAAAGACGCCCGAGAAUGACCUCCAGCUAGGCCGCCUGAGCCGGGGCCCGCGCGCUGCCCCACCGGCCUCCGGCAUGGGCGACCGGGGCAGGCAGCCGGAGCGCUCGGCACCGCACGCCCCGGGAGCUCCCGCGGACGCCGGCGCUGGCGCGGUGAACGGGCUGCUGCACAACGGCUUCCACCCGCCGCGCCUCUGCAGCCGAGGCCCCGCGAGCGGCGGCGACACUGCGCCCCCACGCCUCCCGCUCCUGCCCGAGCUCCAGCCGCAGCCGCCGCCCCCUCUGCACGACUCCCCGGCCAAGAAAUGCCGGCUGCGGAGGAGGAUGGACUCGGGGAAGAAGAACAGGCCGCCCUUCCCGUGGUUCGGCAUGGAUAUCGGUGGAACGCUGGUUAAACUGGUCUACUUUGAACCGAAGGAUAUCACAGCUGAAGAGGAACAGGAGGAAGUGGAGAACCUGAAGAGCAUCAGGAAAUAUUUGACUUCUAACACUGCUUAUGGGAAAACAGGCAUCCGAGACGUCCACCUGGAACUGAAGAACUUGACCAUGUGUGGGCGCAAAGGGAACCUGCACUUCAUCCGCUUCCCCAGCUGCGCUAUGCACAGGUUCAUCCAGAUGGGCAGCGAGAAGAACUUCUCCAGCCUUCACACCACACUCUGUGCCACGGGAGGCGGGGCUUUCAAGUUUGAGGAGGACUUCAGAAUGAUUGCUGACCUGCAGCUCCAUAAACUGGAUGAACUGGACUGUCUGAUUCAGGGCCUGCUUUAUGUGGACUCCGUUGGCUUCAAUGGCAAGCCGGAGUGUUACUAUUUUGAAAAUCCCACAAAUCCUGAAUUAUGUCAAAAAAAGCCGUACUGCCUUGAUAACCCGUACCCUAUGUUGCUGGUGAACAUGGGCUCAGGUGUGAGCAUUCUAGCGGUGUACUCCAAGGACAACUAUAAAAGAGUUACAGGGACCAGUCUUGGAGGUGGAACAUUCCUAGGCCUAUGUUGCUUGCUGACUGGUUGUGAGACCUUUGAAGAAGCUCUGGAAAUGGCAGCUAAAGGCGACAGCACCAAUGUUGAUAAGCUGGUGAAGGACAUUUACGGAGGAGACUAUGAACGAUUUGGCCUUCAAGGAUCUGCUGUAGCAUCAAGCUUUGGCAACAUGAUGAGUAAGGAAAAGCGAGAGUCCAUCAGCAAGGAAGACCUCGCCCGAGCCACACUGGUCACCAUCACCAACAACAUCGGCUCCAUUGCUCGGAUGUGUGCACUGAAUGAGAAUAUUGACAGAGUUGUGUUUGUUGGGAAUUUUCUCAGAAUCAAUAUGGUCUCCAUGAAGCUGCUAGCAUAUGCCAUGGAUUUUUGGUCCAAAGGACAGCUAAAAGCUCUGUUUUUGGAACACGAGGGUUAUUUUGGAGCAGUUGGGGCACUGUUGGAACUGUUCAAAAUGACUGAUGAGCAGUAGAGAUGGAACAGCCUUCUAUGAGAACAGAAAACUAGGAACGGCCGCUGGAGAAGGUGAAAGCUCCUUUGGGACGGAAGCCAAGCCAUUAUGGCAGAUGAACCUGCUGGAUUUGUAAAUAAUUAAAAAUCCUUUUAGCUGAUCUUUUACCCUGGGGUUUUGAGCUUAUGAUUCAAAAUGGGGAAUACAAGAGUUUUUUCUGUAUACUGUAUUUUUAAAAAAAAAAUGUUUUGUGCAGCGUGGCCAAACCUACCAAUUUUAUGCAUUAACAUAUGAUGUUUAAGAAGGACCUGAAAUGUAAGUGCUGUUUAUUUUUCUUCUGGGGUUUACUGAUCAGUGUGGUAAUUUUAACUUCAUUUAGUAAUUACUCUAGGAGAUUUUACCUUUACUUAUAUUUUUCAUGACGUUUCAUGAUUUGCUGUUGGUUUCAAAUGAAACUACAAAUCUGGCAUGUUUUACUGUGAACACUAUUUUGUUUAUUUAUCCUUUUCUGUCUUGUUUUUUUUUCUGUCUGAAUGUCUUAUGGAUAAAGAGAGUCCUUCCCCCUGUUUCUGUCCUCAGAUAACAAGCCGUCCACCCCAGUAACUUUCUUUAAUGGAAUUUUUCCUAUUUAUCAAGGUGCUGACCAACUCAAUACAAAGUUAAGCGUGAGAUCUAAAGCUCUCAAAAGCGCUGUGAAGAGAAAACUCUGAAGGUGUUCAUGAAUUUUGAGUCUGGCAAAAGUUGAAAAUUAUAUGCAAUUUUAUCUUAACCCUUAUGAAUAUACCCUGCUUUGUUGGGUUUAUUUUAUGUUAGGUUGAAUUAAAUUGGAAUGUUCUAUCAUGAAAUGUCCUCAUCCACGCACAGCAUAUAAAUGGCAGCAAAUCUGUGCAGGACUUUGGAACAUGCAGGGCAAAGUCUCCCAGUAGAUUAACUGUUCACAUUGGGAGAUUUAGGAAAAAUCAUUGGUUGAAGUGUCAGGUAGUCAUAUCUAUUUGUUCUGUACAUGUAUGUACCUAGAAGCUUUGUAAGAAGGCAUCUUGAAUAAUAAAGCUUUUUCAUUUGGAAGAUUUUUAACUGAGAACGAUUUCAAUCCCAGUUUCUAAAAUUAAAAAAAAAUUAUGAUAUUGUUCUAUCUAUCUAUCUAUCUAUAUAUUUUUUUCUUUUUGAGAAGCAUCAUUGGGACCGAUGGGUAACUUUCAAAUGAGAGUCUUGUACAAAUACCGAAACGCAUGAGAUCUAAUGAUUUAGAACUAAUUAAUCUUUUGAGUUGAGCAUAUUGUUGAUAUUUUUGAAGGGCAGAACAAUUGCUCCAUGAGGAAUCUUUCCCUCUCUGCCUUAUGAGCACCACCUUUGAGUUCCCUAUCUUCACGUCUUGAAGAAGUUGAUGUAAUUGAAGUAUUCACUUCGUCUGGUUGAAAUAAAGCCUGUUUCUGUUGUGA